AUGGAUCAUUCUGACUUAGUGGCAGAAAUGCCACAUGUUGAGAGGCUUAGCACUCAGGAGAGACUUCACCUGGCUAGGAAAAGAAGGCUGCAGCAGUUAAAAGUUUGGGCACAGAGAGAAAAGGAGUGGAACAAACACCAUAAAAAUGUUAAAGAAAAAGUUACAGAAAAAAAAAUUUAUUUUAGCAAUUCUGUGAUGCUUUUAGAGGCAGCUGCCAGAAAUGACAUAGAAGAAGUGAAAAGACUUUUAAUGUCGGGAGUAGAUCCCGAUUCAACUAAUGAAGAUGGUUUAACAGCUUUACAUCAGUGUUGUAUAGAUGACAAUGAAGAAAUGAUGAAAUUAUUAAUCGAGUUUGGUGCUAAUGUUAAUGCUGAAGACUCUGAAAAAUGGACUCCCUUGCAUGCAGCUGCUACUUGUGCACAUUUACAUUUAGUUAGAUAUUUAAUUUCCAAAGGAGCUAACUUAUUAGCAGUCAACGCUGAUGGAAAUAUGCCAUAUGACAUUUGCGAAGAUGAAGCUGCUUUGGAUUACAUUGAGGGUGAAAUGGCAAGAAGGGGAGUAACACAAGAAUUAAUAGAUGAAACAAGAGCAGACACAGAGUUAAAAAUGCUUGCUGAUCUUCAAAAAGCUAGUGCUCUUGGAUUAGACCUUGAAUACCAGGACAGUCAAGGUGCCACUCCCUUACACAUAGCUGCUGCUAAUGGCUAUCUAAGAGUUGUAGAAUACCUUCUCGACCAACAUGUUUCAACAGAUGUGCAAGAUAUUGAUUGUUGGCAUCCUGUUCACGCGGCAGCUUGCUGGGGGCACCUCGAGGUAUUAGAAUUAUUAGUACAAAAUGGUGCCGACUUGAAUGCCAAAACAAAGCAUGACGAAACACCGGCUGAUAUAUGUGAGGACGUGGAAUUAAGAGAAAGGAUUUUACAACUUAGAACUGAACAAGAAACAAAGAAAGCUCAAGAAGCACAAAAACGAAAAGAUGCCGUGGAAGAAGCGAGAUUGAGACUGACAUUAGCAUCUGAGGUUCCUAUACAAUCUCCACCCAAUAGCAAUGGUAGCGUCGAAUUACUAGUUACGGAGAAUUCCAAUUUAAAUCGAUGGGAACAAGAGAAUAAUUUAGAAGAAUCUGUAACAACGAGUAGAGAAUUAAUUAUGAGGAGAGAACCAGAGGGAAAAGAUCACGAACACGAAAAUGAAAUUAUUGACGAAUUUAUUAAUGAAAAAGUCGUACCAGCAGCUGAGACUUCUUGCGUCACUUCCGAAAGUGCCAACGGUAAAAUAAAUAUUAACGUAACCGUUACGAUAAAUACGUUGGCGGAUUUAAAGAAACAAAGAGCUCAAAUUCGAAGUUGUAAUUCGGAUACGAAUGGAAUGGUCGGAUUAAGUCCUCGUCCCUCCGUAACAGGUUCGGACACGGUUUCCGUGGAUAAUGGAGGAGUGAAAAAAUUUACAGGUGCAACAGGUGAUGUAGUGCCAGAUGUUAGGACUCGUAGAUGUUGCUUACUUAUGUAG